GGGGCGGCGGUGGGGGCUCAAUCCCCCGGGCUGCAGGGCGCCCUGCACGGAAUCCGCGCGUGGUGACGGUGACGAUGAUGGGAGCGGUGAAUGAAGAACGAACUCGAGAUCGAUCGAGCGGACGGACGGUCUUUGCGGACCAACUUGCGGCGCAGGGGGGCGCUGACGUCAUCUCCACGCUCGAUCCGCUGCUGGCUGAAGCGCAGGAACCCAACUCGUGGAACCCGUGGUGUGCCGUCGAUGAGUUUGGCGCGCGCGGUGAGGCGGUGACGUCACCGCGGUGCCCAGGUGAGGCCUCGUGGCGGGGUGAGGCUCGAGUCCGAGGAGUCGAGGCAGCAGAGAGCCGCGCAGGGCCCCAGCCGCUCCUCCCCGCCUCGCCAGCUCGAUUACGACGAUGAUGGCGGCGAUGGUGAAGGUGGUGAUGGUGAUCAAGGUGGUGAUGGUGGUGGUGAUGGUGGUGGUGUGUGCGACAGGCGCAGGAACGAGCGGGGGAGACGCGGGGACAGCGAGACCCCAGGGGGUCACGGGAGGAGUGGUCACGGGGCCCGGAGGUGGAGGAGGGGUCACGGGGCCCGGAGUUGGAGGAGGGGUCACGGGAGGAGGGGUCACGGGAGGAGGGGUCACGGGAGGAGGGAUCACGGGAGGAGGGGUCAUGGGAGGAGGGGUCACGGGCCCCGUGACCGCCGCCCGCCGCGUGAGGCUGGUGGGCGCAGGGGGACCCUGUGAGGGUCUGGUGCAGAUGCGGCACGGGGAGCGGUGGGACGCGGUGAGACCCCGACACUCACCCCGACAUUGGACCAGCCUUGAUCCCAACACUGGCCCCCACCUUUACCCCAAACAUCAACUUUGACCUCAAUUUAAUCCUAACACUGACCGCCAUCUCUAACUUUUACCAAGAUGUUGAUCCCAGAAUUGCCCCUGAACCUGACCUCAACAGCAAACAACAUCCCAGUCCGGACGCCAACCCUGAUGUAAGUGUAUACGAGUAAGUGGACAGGUGAGUGAGUGAGUGAGUAUACAGGUGAGUGAGUGUACAGGUGAGUGAGUGUACAGGUGAGUGUACAGGUGAGUGUACAGGUGAGCGUGUAUC